AUGCCUUACUCAGUGGCCAAGCUAUUGGGCAUCACUGACUUCAAACCUACAAAGAUCUCUCUAGUCUUUGCAGACAGAUCUGUUCGCCGCCCUGUUGGUGUUAUUAUGGAUGUUCCAAUCAUGGUUGGAGAUUGCUACAUCCCUGCUGAUUUUGUAGUUCUUGAGCUGGAACACCAACCUAAAGACCCUCUUAUCUUGGGAAGGCCAUUCCUAGCUACUGCAGGAGCUAUAAUAGAUGUCAAGAAUGGAAAGAUUGACUUGCAUCUUGGAGAUAUAGUGAUGAAUUUCGAGGUAAACAAGUCUAUGGAGAAACCAACUGUAGAUGGUCAAGCUUUUUGGAUUGGAGAGCUCGCAGAGACAAGAGAAGAAGUGCUGGAUGAACUCCUUCUUAUUGAUCCCUUGGAGCUAGCUUUGACAAAGGCUGAGAAUGAAGAAGAGGAAGAGCCAGACAUUGACAAGGAUCAGGAAAUAUCACAAACCAAAGUUAAGUUCGACCCAUGGUGCCCACUUAGAGCUCCAAAAGCCGAGCUCAAACAACUCCCAGUUGGUCUAAGGUAUGAAUAUCUUGGUCCUAAUGAAACAUAUCCUGUUAUUGUUAAUGCUGCACUAACAAAAGAAGAGACCGCUUUACUUGUUCGCGAACUGAGAAAGCAUAGAAAGGCUCUUGGUUACUCUUUGGAUGAUUUAACAGGAAUCUCACCUGAACUAUGCACACAUCGCAUCAUCCUGGAGGAUGAGUCUAGUUCUUCAAUUGAACAUCAAAGGAGGCUAAACCCAAACCUAAAGGAAGUUGUCAAGAAGGAGAUAAUGAAGCUAUUGAAAGCUGGAGUGAUUAUCCAAUAUCAGAUAGUGCAUGGGUCAGCCCUGUACAUGUCGUGCCAAAGAAAGGAGGGAUCACAGUCAUCAAGAAUGAACAUGAUGAGCUCAUUCCAACAAGGACAAUCACAGGACACAGAAUGUGUGUCGACUACAGGAAGCUGA